AGAAAAAAAAAAGAAAAAGAAAAGAGUGUGUGUCCACCGAUACCGAGAAGUGCAAAGCUUGUGAGCACUAAGAGAGAAAAGAGAAGAGUGGCAUUUGUGCAAAUCUUGUUGCUUCUUUCUUGUGCAACCAAGCUACGGUCUCUCUUGUGUUGGCGUGACAUCGAGCAUAUAGUCUUCGUUAGGACCAUCUUUGUCACUUGCUCACUUCCUUGGUCGCGCUAACCCCAUUGAUCCUCUUGUGUGUGUUUCCGUAUUUCCUUGACAUAGAUCACCACUUUUGACAUUUGACUUUGGAUCUUACCCACAUUUGACAAUAGAUUUUUCCGUUGAUCUUUUUCGUUUGCUAUCCACCCCUUACCCACCACAUAUAGAGUUCUUAGCCUUUUGCGUGUGCUUUGAGUGUGUGUGUGAGUAACCCCGAUACAUUUCGACUUUGCUCUUGGCUUGAUCCAUUUUCCGAUACUUUCUUGAUAGGUGAGAUACUUGUGUAGCUUUCCUUCCAGCACAUACAUAUACACCUUCCUAGUGAGAUAUAUACAUGAUGAGCCCACAAGAGCAAGCCGAGAUGAGAGCAUACUUCGCCGAGCUAGAUGCUCGAGAAGCCCAAAUGACACCCAAAGAUAAAGCCGAGUGCAACGCAUACUUCAAAUACCUUGAGAGCAAGAGUGACACACACCAUGAGUUGAGUGAGGACACUUUGAUUUCUAACAACUUAACCUCUACUCCUGUUGUGUUGUCUUCCUCUUUGCUAGGUUCCUCGGACAUCGACGACGCCAUUGCCAUAGAGAUGAGGGACUCCACUAUAUGUGAGAUGAGCGACUCCACUAUAUGUAAGAUGAGCGAUUCCACCAUAUGUGAGCUUGAGUGCCUCCACUUCGAGAGCAUGAGCGAUACACCAAGUGAGAUGAGAGUGGUAGUUGAUAGGUCAUGUGAGGCCAUUUCAAGUUCUAACAACUUACCCUCUACCUCUAGUGUGUUCUCUUGUGUCUCAUUAGGUACCAUGGAUGACGAGACGCCGAUCAUGGAGAAGAUGUACAUGGUGCAUGAAGAUGAUGAUAUCACACCAUGCUUGAUUGAAGAUGAACAUGGAGGCCACAUCGAGCCUACCACUUCCACAACACCUACCUCAUAUGAGCGGAACUACAAAGGUACGUAUAUGGGUGUUGAUGAUGCCAUGAUCCCACUAGUGGACAUGAUGAAUUGUGAGUGCAUGCAUGAUGAUGAUGAUGAUACAAUUGCUAUGUCACAUGCUCCGUUCUUAUUCCCAUGUGAUGCUUUGCUUGAUAACAAUGUUGACCAUGUGGAAUUACUUGCUUGUGACCAUAUGACCAUGCCAUGCUAUGAGAGUUUCACUUUCUCUCCUUUUGCUUGCAAUAUGUCGAACAAUUUCUCUUUCCCAUGUAUUGCUUGCAAUGAAAAUGAUAAUGCUUGUGUUGUGACAACCUUGACGAACAAUUGCUCUUUCCCUAGGUUAGUCAACAACAAUGAUGAAAUUUUGAACAUGUUUUGUGCUACAUGCUUGCAAUAUUCUCCCAUUAGUGCAACCAAAAUGUUGAAUACUUUCUCUUUCCAAUGCUUGGUUUGCAAUGAUGUUAAUAUGCUUGUGAACGAGAUUGCCCCCAUAGCUCUCUCAAAUUUUGGAGACUUUGCAUAUAUCCAUGUUGAGCAUGUUCCCAUGUUUAAUCCGCAUAUUCACCGCAUCUACUAUGAUAAAUUGCUUAAUGCUAAUGGUGAUGUGCAAAAGAAAUGGACCAUCAUGAUGGAUGAUGUGUUCAUAUACCAUGCACACACGUUCUUUGCUUUGCCUAUUGUGUGUGUAGGUACACGGAAGACAAUGUCAACCUCGAUUGAGCACGAGUUGACCAAACGAGCUCUUGAGAGCAUGAUACAAGUGAGCUCCAAUGAGUGGUUUCGCCCACACACUUCGGCUACACAAGAUCUCUCAAUGAGAGCACAACGACACUUCGAUAAGGUGACCUCCUUCAACUUGCGCUCUCUUGCUAUACCCAUGGAACUUCAGCUACUCUUUGAGUGUUGCGUUGCUUGUCUUGUGCUAUUGAUAGGGUUCAUGAUAAGUGAUGCCACAUUCAAGAGUUGUUGCCAUCUCCCACCUCUACCCGUUCAUGAUGAGUUAUCGUCGAGGUCGACUCUUUUUCAAGUGGGGGGAGAUGAUGCAGCCCGACCUUCGGUCUUCGCCACAUCAUAUGCAUCGACGCCGACAUGUCACGCAAAGGUGAAUCUUCUCCUUUAUGCGUGCGUACAAUUACCUAUGUGGAAUGGUAUGCUACUUCAUCCUCCGUCAUAUGACCAUGAUAGGAAUACAUCGCCAAGUACGGAGGAAGUGGAGGAUGCCAUGGAUGCUCGAGGACUCAAGGCCGAGAUCGUGUAAGCAUGGAAGAAGCUCCAGGCGCAGCUACACCGGAGUCGCCGGCGUCGCCAACUCACAACGGAGUCUCCGGCCCAUGAAGAUCAAGACCGGAGUCUCCAGCCUACAUACAAGAGAGUCUCCGGACUAUGUGAAGCGCUAUCCACAAGUCAAUUAGGGCCAAGGCCCAUGUACCCCCUUCUAUGCCUAAACUACCCCUCCUUAGUGGCUCCCUAUAUAUAGGCUCCCACCUCCCCCUUCAUUAGGUUAGGAAUGAACUUGAGAGAAUUAGGCUCAUGCCUCCACCAUCCCUUUGGGAUUAGGGAAACCCCCUCCUUAGAUUUACCCAAAUCUAUUGUACAAGGCACUCCUUAUAUGAUUAGUCUCUCACACUCGUGAUUCAA